GGGGCCGGGCGCGCGCUCUCGCGGUGAAGAGCUGCCGUGCGCGCGCGCGCCUCUCCAGAACGCACGGCGGCCGCGAGCGCGCGCUGUUUAACUCCGCUCCGCUCCGAGAAAAAGUGAUGCUCAGAGCCGCUCGGCAUGGAGCUGGGCUUCUCAGGGUUGUCUGUGGAGCUGGAGGAGGACUGUCUGUCCCGGGUCCCCGUCCUGCGGAGGAACUCUUACGUGCUCCACAAGCUGAGCGUGGACAUCGAGCCGCAGAGAUACAGCGAGACGCUCUCCAAAGCCCUGUCCUGGUCCACCGAGAACAUCCUGCUGUCCGAGAGAAGAGCGGCUGAGGCUUCGUCUCCGUCUCCGGUCUCCUCUCCCGCCGAGGUCGGCUCGGCUCCGGCCGGGGACUGGUCAAGCCCUGUCCGAACGCCUCUGUCCCCCAGCUCCGACUCCGACACCGAGGGCCCCAAGACCGAGAGCAGGGCCCCGAGACGGCCGUUCCUGAGCCGCCUGGAGCAGGAGGAGAAGGAGGACAUCGAGACCAAAGCCGUGGCCACGUCCCCGGACGGAAGAUACCUGAAGUUCAACAUCGAGAUCGGGAGAGGAUCCUUCAAGACGGUCUACAAGGGACUGGACACGGAGACCACGGUGGAGGUGGCCUGGUGUGAGCUUCAGACGCGGAAGCUGAGUAAAGCGGAGCGGCAGCGCUUCAGCGAGGAGGUGGAGAUGCUCAAGGGCCUUCAGCACCCCAACAUCGUGCGCUUCUACGACUCCUGGAAGUCCACGGUCAAGGGCCAGAAGUGCAUCCUGCUGGUCACCGAGCUCAUGACCUCCGGCACGCUCAAGACGUAUCUGAAGCGUUUUAAGGAGAUGAAGCCCAAGCUCCUGCAGCGCUGGAGCCGUCAGAUCCUCAAGGGCCUUCACUUCCUGCACACCCGGGCCCCUCCCAUCAUCCACCGGGACCUGAAGUGUGACAACAUCUUCAUCACGGGCCCCACGGGCAGCGUCAAGAUCGGGGACCUGGGCCUGGCCACGCUCAAGAGAGCCAGCUUCGCCAAGAGCGUGAUCGGGACGCCGGAGUUCAUGGCUCCAGAGAUGUACGAGGAGAAGUACGACGAGGCGGUGGACGUGUACGCCUUCGGGAUGUGUAUCCUGGAGAUGACCACGUCUGAAUACCCGUACUCCGAGUGCCAGAACGCCGCUCAGAUCUACCGUAAAGUCACCAGCGGAAUAAAGCCUGACAGUUUCUACAAAGUCAAAGUUCCAGAGUUAAAGGAAAUCAUUGAAGGCUGUAUCCGCAUGAAUAAAGAUGAAAGGUACACCAUCCAGGACCUGUUAGAGCACACCUUCUUCCAGGAGCACAACGGUGUUUACGUGGAGCUGGCCGAGGAGGACGACGCGCUCAAAUCCAGCCUGAAGCUGUGGCUGAGGAUGGACGGCACUAAGAAGCUGCACGGGAAGUACAAGGACAACAACGCCAUCGAGUUCCUGUUUGAGCUCUACAAGGACGUCCCGGAGGAGGUGGCUCAGGAGAUGGUGGUUCUGGGCUUCGUAUGCGAGGCCGACUACAAGCUGGUGGCCAAGGCCAUGCGGGAUCGAGUGACGAGCAUCAAGCGGCAGCGAGAGAAGCAGCGGCGCAUGGCAGACGAGCAGCAGCAGAAGAAGAAGGAGGGAGCGUUUGAGGAGGAGUCCGAGGUUCUGUCGCCCAGAUCCAGCGCUCAAGAAGCUGAGAGCCCCGCCCCUUUCCCUCUGCAGACCCCGCCCACCCCGGUACUCCCAGAGCCCAUGUGGUCUCCCGUUACCGGCUCGCUGGAUUCUGGGAUUAACGGCAGCUUCCCGCCGGAGCCGGAGGAACCAGAGGCAGACCAGCACUUCCACCUCCAGCACAUGAGCUGCUCCUCAACAACCUCGGACUGUGAGACGGACGGGUAUCUCAGUUCUUCUGGUUUACAGGACGCUCCUAAACCUUCAGUCAGCUGCUCUCCGGUCCUCGUCCCCCAGCAGGCCACGCCCACCAGCACUCCACCAAUCCCAGCUCUCCGUUUCCCCUCGAGUAUAGCGGUGUCUACGAAGAGCGAGAGAGGACCGCUCAGCCCCUUCUCCUCCCCCGUGGACAGUUACGCCUCAGAUGUGACGUCCGGCCUGAGCGACGGAUACGAGGGUCUGUCGGACCGAGGGAGUAAGUUUGGCAGCAGACGGACGGCAGGGAAACUGUUCAGGAGGAGAACUCGCUCCCGACUGCGCAUCACUGGGGUGUCUGAUAAAGUGGACCGGGUGGUCGAGUGUCAGCUACAGACUCAUAAUGAUAAGAUGGUCACCUUCAAGUUUGACCUGGAUGGGGACAAUCCUGAAGACAUUGCUGCAGUGAUGGUGCAUAAUGAGUUCAUCUUGCCGUCCGAGAAGGAAGGCUUCAUUCACCGCAUCGCUGACAUCAUCAAGAGGGCGGAGUCUCUGAUGAAGAAGGAUUCGUCGGCUCUUCACGAGAGCUUCGGCCCCGCGUACAUGAGCUCUCAGCCGAAUCUUCCCAGCCUGGCUCGAGCUCACUCCUCUUCUUCUCUCUCAGCAGAGUUCGGGCCGAGAGACGUUACCUCAUCCACACGUCCGCUCUUACGCUCGCAGUCUUUCCACAGCGGCCCAGGUUCUCCUCAUCAGAUCCCGUCAGCCUCGCUCUAUCCUCCUGAUCCCAGAAUGCCUCACUCCCAUCUACCUCAGGUGCAGCAGUUCAUCCCCUCCUACAUGAACACACACUUCCCCUUCCCGUCCCCGUCCCCGCCCGGCCCCUGCUCCCCCCUGACCCACGUCCACAGCGGCCCCUCGGCCCCGGGCUCCCCGGGCCCCCUGGGCUCAGACGUGCUGUGGCCCGGUCCCGGUCAGCCGCUCUUCUCUCUGGCUAAUGUGCUGUCUAUGGCCAUGAGCAUGGCCCAGUCGUUCAUGCCGGCUCCGAGCCUGGUGCAUGCUGGGUAUCCCGUCCUCUACGCACCCCACUACGCUCCGGAGGCGCAGUGUACCCCCGAGUGCUCCCCGUUCACAGAGGCCGUGAUGUCCAGAGCCGCUCCGAGCGGUCAGCAGACGGCAGCGGAGGGCCCUGCGGGAAUAUCCUCCGAGGAAUAUCCUCCCGGACACAGAGGAGCUUUCCCCAGACACUUACUGGAGCAGCGGAGCAGCUCUUCAUCGGGACAGUCGUCUUCCUCACGAGCCAGUCCAGACAGCAGAGUUUCAUCAUCCAGUCCUCCAUCAUCUUCCCCCCCGACCAGAGCUUCUCAGCACAUCUCAUCUGAUCUGAAGUGUUCUGUAACCGUGGGCCGUUUUCACGUGUCUCCCAGCAAAGAGAGCGUUUCUCUGGACAGUCCUGCAGAGAAACAACAGAACCUCUGCUGCGAGGCUCGGCGGGAUCUCCUGCCCGAGACACCCAGCGGUCAGAAAGAGGCCCGAGAGGAUGAGGAUGAUGAAGCAGAGACGGCCGUGGAGAGGAAGUACCGCAGGAGGAAGGGCCGGCGGGCGGAUGUGAUGGGCACGUCGGCGGACAGCGGCUUCUCGGUGUGGGAUGAGAACGCGGCCAGUCCUCCUCCGUCCGCUCCUCUACACAGCCUCUGGAUGAGCUCCGCCCGCAGCCCCGCCUACCUCAGCAGCGACGAAUCAGAGAGCGAGGACGAGGAGAUGUGGGCGGAGCUGCAGGAGCUGAGGGAGAAACACCUGGGUGAGGUCCAGUCUCUGCAGACGCUUCAGAAGCAGGAGAUCGAGGACCUGUACUCUCGGAUGGGGAAGGUUCCUCCGGCCUGUAUCGUGUCUCCGGCCGUGAUGCUCUCGGGUCGCCAGCGCCGGCUCUCUAAAGGAGGAACCUUCCCCUCGUCUCGAAGGAACAGCCUCCAGAGACUCGACAUUCUGCCUCUGACAGGGAUCAUGAGGAAGAGCUCUCUGAGCGGAGACAGCAGCAGUUCUCAGGACGCUUCACGCGGAACCAAAGGAGUGACUUUCGCUGCAGAUUUCCUCGGAAAGUAAGAACCGAGCGGCUGCUUCUUCAGACUACCUCACCGGCUCCUUCCUCCUCUCUCCUCAGACUGGACUUGUAAUAUUAACGUCGUUAGUUUCUUGAUGCUGUGAUGUUCUCUGAGCACCGCUGUCUGUAGAGAUACUUCUGCUCUGAUCUCACAGGGGCUCUUUAUAGUUCAAAUGUGAAUAAAGAAAUAAAUAUACUGAUUUGGGUGGGUGGGAUAAAUAUAUAUAUUAUUUUUGCAUUGAUUAUGCCAGCUUUGAGAUUGUCAUCCUUUGAUGUCUAUAUAUAUAUUUUUUAUUAUUAUUGUUUUUGAUCAGUCUGACAGACAGAAACUGAAAUGUUCAGGGAAUAGUUCUCCCAGAUUUGCUGGAAAGUACUCAUCAUCAAAUGAUCCAAAGUUAGGAUGAGUUUAUUUCUUCAUUAGAUUUGGAGAAAUGUAUCUCAGCGGUGAAUGGGUGCCGUCAGUGAGUUAAACUCAUCCAGCGUUAAGAUGAGUUUGAUCUUCUCCAGAUGUUCACUGAUGAUUAUUCUGAUGUUUCUAUCAGGCUCUCGUUCUGACGGCACCCAUUCACUUCCAUCGCUGAGACACUUUUCUACAAAUCUGGUGAAAAAUCAAACACCCAAAGCUUAGAUGACCUAAGGGUGAGCGCAUUUUUAAUUCUGGGUGAACUUUUCCUUCAGUUUCCUAAUUGCACCAAAAACCGAACCCAAUGUCAGCCAUAAACUGAAGACGGAUGGAAAACACACGCUGCACUUUGGCAUGAGGUUCAAUAAUUAAUGAUUGACUGAUAAUGUUAUCUACUAUAUGCUCAGAUUUUUCACAACGUUUAUGCUUUCAUAGCUUCAGUGUGAAAUCACUUUGUUUUCUCAUUAACAUAAAAGACACACCGACUCUCACGAUUCACAAUAUCAACUGAAUCAAUAAUUAUUCAGAAUAAGCGUUAUCUUCGUAUUAAGAAGUGGGCUUUCAGUUGGGUUUUUGCCAUGAUGCAUCACAGGCUUUAACACACACACACACACACACACACACAGAUCUUUAAUAUGAAAAACAUCAUCCAUUCAUGGUUGAUUAAACUGUGAAGAAUCAUAUGAAUGCCUUGAUACGUGCAGUGCCUUCUCUCUCAUCUUCAUGUUGUAUAUUCCACGUCAUAUUUGUACAAUAAAGUUAAUAAAUAUAAA